CUGCCGGCGGCGGAUGAGAGACGCGGAGAUGCUACGCCGCCGCCGCCGAUCUGCAACUCUCGUUUCGGUGGUUGAAUGUAUUGAUUCGUGUUGAGAUUCUUCAGUUAAUGUGAUAUAUAAGCUAUUUUGCUGAAUGUGUGAAGAGAUUAUUAGAUUAGUGUGACCUGUAGAAGGUUUCACUUAGUUAUAAAAGCUAACGACUGGUUUAAAUGUGUGGUUUUGUGAGAAUUAGAGAGAUGGGUUUUGUCUUUGUUGACGGUGGUGCUGUUAAUGAUACGAGUUGAAUAAGAAAGCUUAAAGAAAGGAACAUUGUUUGCCUUGCUUGAUAAGACCUCAAGUAUAUAAUCAGAAGACUGUUCGAUAUAAUCAGAACACUGCAACUCUCGUUUUGGUGGUUGAAUGUAUUGAUUCGUGUUGAGAUUCUCCAGUUAGUGUGUUAGGAGAUUAGAUUAGUGUGAUCUGUAGAUGAAGCAGAAGAUUUCACUUACAUAUGGAGCUAACGACUUGUUUAAAUGUGUGGUUUUUGUGAGAAUUAGUGAGAGGGUUUUGUCUUUGUUGAUGGUGGAUCAUGGUGGUGUUAAUGAUACAAGUCGAAUGAGAAAACCCUUUUGGCUUACUAAUACUUUUGGUUUCUCUGUUGAGUGCUCCCAUCUUCUUUUUAGUUUGUAACUCUUGGUUUCAUCAGCAUUGUAAAACUCUUUGAUGCCUAUGUUCUACAGAGUAUUUGCUUCCUACCAGCCACUGAUGCACGCAAUCAAUUCUGAGACAUUCGAUGUAGUUACCAAUUCAACGCAGCCACGGUGGGAUCCUAUAUUCGCUCUGUGAAGUUGGUUGGUUACUUGUAUCUAUUUAUGAUAAGAAAGCUUCGAGAAAGGAACAUUGUUUGCCUUGCUUUUGGUUGGUUGAUAAGACCUCAAGUAUAUAAUCAGAAGAUUGUUUGAUAUUAGAUGAUGUAUAUACACUCAGUCAGGUGUAUAACCAUCUGCACGGUUAUCACAUUAGUGUUGAUGGGAUGGGAGGCAUGUCACAUCUUUCCCUUUCCGAACUGGUUAAUGCACUUGGGGAUGCUACUGGUAUAACUGUUACUUGGGAUGUAGAUGUUGACUCUGUUUUUGCUGGCUCUCUCCCAACCUCGCACCCUAAUUUUGCUCCUCAGAGAUAUCUUGAGCUCUCAAGCAAUUGGCAGGCCCCAUCAAUACCUGAUGAAGAAGUUGAGUUAUUCACUGGUAUUCUUUCUGCGAGUAAUCAUUUUGUUGAGCGGAUGGCCGUGAGGAAGUCUUGGAUGCAACACAAACUCUUCAAAUCUUCCAAAGUAGUGGCUCGGUUCUUUGUGGCAGUGGUAAGUUUAGCAUAGUUGCAGUGAGGUUGGUUCUUUAAGGCUAGUCGUUUUAGGUCUUCUUGAUUAGGGUUGGAAUCAGUAACAACAUUUAAACAAAUUGAUGCUGAAUGUUUGUAUAGCACUUGAGGAAGUCAGUCAAUGUGAACAAAUUGGUCUUGACAGGCAAACCUCAUUGCUGCAACUUGAGAUGACACAACAGUGCCUUGUUUUGUUCUGUUUAAAUAUCGCUUAGUUGUGAGAAAAAGAAAUAGAUUUCCAAUGACAACAGGUUUUGUUGCAU